AAAUUCUUAAACACUUUCAAUGAACCUUCAUCCUCAAAAUGUCUAUCAUUUUAAGGAUUAGAUUAGAUCGUUAAUUUCUUCUAGAAAGUAACCAAAAAAUCCACGAAAUUUGUUGGGUAUGCAGGUGACAGGCCCAUAACAAGAAGGAAGGUCUAGCACAAUAGAUCGAGUGAGACGGUACUGCACUUUGCUCCACUUGGAAAACACUUCUGCUCUGUACGGAAGUCGGAGAAGAUGAUCGUGUGCGUCGCCGUCGUCGGCCACCAGGUACCUGCGCCUCCUAAUAAAUCUCAUUCUUUUCACUUUUUUUUUUUUUUUUUUUUUGAUUUGAUCUUUCUUUUGCUGGUUGUUACAGAACAACCCGCUGUACAUACAGAGCUUCACCGAGGCCGACGAUGCCCUCAAGCUCCACCACAUCGUCCACUGCUCCCUCGAUGUCGUCGACGAGCGAGGUAAACUUUACUCUUAACGAUCUCGGAUCCAAGUCCAUUAUCCAUACCGUACAGCUCCUAGUGAACAAUCCGAAAAAAUCUGGGCCGACGCUAAACGAGACAUUUCUGGGUCUGCUUUAUCCGACCGAAAAUUACAAAGUGUACGGGUAUCUGACUAAUACAAAGGUGAAGUUUAUCGUGGUGACAACGGAUCUAGAUGUCAGAGACGCCGAUGUUCGAAACUUUUUCAGGAGGUUCCAUGCUGCAUAUGUCGAUGCGGUUUCAAACCCGUUUCAUGUGCCGGGGAAGAAAAUAACCUCCAGAGCUUUUGCAGAAAGGGUCAGCACCAUAGUCAAAUCAUUUGGGUUGAGUUCAGCUGGGUGAAUAACUGCUGCCAGUCUAGAAGCUAAACCUUCAUGAAUUUUCCUUUAUGAAUGAAUCUUGUUGAAUAUGUAUGCCCCCGCGCCGGUUGCACUGCUUUUGUUUCACAUAGGAUUUGGGUCUAGGUGAGCUCAUCCAUAUAUCUCAGAGAUUGUAACGCUAACCAUCCAACAGAGAACUUCAAUUUAAGUGAUAGCGGAGCUACACACAAGUGAUCUUGUUAUUUCUUGUUA